CGUCACUCUGCUGUUCAGACUGACUGACAGUCGACAUCCAGACAACAUGAAUUCUUCAUCUGUGUCUCUGCUGCUCGCCAUUCAACAUCGAAACAUAUUGAUUGGUGGGUUGAUCUUUAUCUUCCUGUUGGUGGCUGUCAUCCCACCCAUCAAAUAUUUAGGAUACAUCAGGUGUAACAGAAAAGGUCUGGCUGUGCUGACUGCUGCAGGUCUGGCUGUGCUGACUGCUGCAGGUGUGGCUGUGUUGCUGAUUGGACUGGUUGUUUCUGCAGAUGGUGGACAGCUGAACCAGAGACUUGUACACAGGCAGUUCACCAGCAGGAGAGAAGUGGAACUCCAACAGCAAGCCAUUCAACACCGAAACAUGCUGACCGGUGCGUUGAUCUUUCAUUUCCUUUUGGUGGCUGUUGUCAUGGGACUUGGACUUAACAGAACAGGUCUGGCUGUGCUGACUGCUUUAGCUGUGCUGACUGCUGCAGACUCCUCUCUGUCUGUGCUCAGACUCUGCUGCCAUCUAGUGGUCUUCUGUCCAUACUGCGUCUCUACUGGUCUGAUGCUGUCCAUCUGCUGCAGCAGGAAGACAGGAAACAAACCAGCCGUCUCCAUGGAGAUGACCCAGCGGGUUGGAGGAAGUGACGAAUUGGAUGGCGAUUAUGAUGACAUCACUGCUGAUGUCACCACUGAGCACGCCUUCUGAGCUGUGAACAGAGUGACAGCAGCUGUCUUUAACAUGGACUCUGAUCAAUAACAUGAUGGAUCUGAAGAUGAGAGUUUCUAUCAUCUGCUCUUAUGGAGAUGCUGCUGGAGAGCAUUGUCUUACACGUUGCUCCAGAAUCUUCCACAGGUGUGAAACCGGGUUGAGAUCUGGUGACUGUAAAGGCCGCAGCAUUUUAUUCACAUCAUUUUCAUCCUCACCAAAGCGUUCAGUGACCCUGCUGCACGAAGCAUCUGCAUCUGAUGUUCCUCCUCUCUUUGAUUCAGCUUCUUCCUUUCAUUUGUCCCCGUCUGUUUGUUGUAGAAGCCCUGCUUUUUGGUAGAUUUGCUAAAACCCCCUCAGCUCCAUUGUAGAAAAGGAGGAGUUCUGAGGGAAGUCAGAUCUUUGAAGACCUUUUGGACCUUCUAGGUCUUUCAGAGCUCUUUUCCUUUUUGCUCAGACCUUUUGUCAGCUUUUACAUUUCUGCAGCCUUUUCAGACUCAGGAAUUCUGUUUGGUUUCUUUCCUCUUUUUAUUCUCUUCUAUCUCAAAGUGUUUCUGGACGUAGGCUUUGUAUGUUUUUAAGCUUUGCUAAAUAAAACCAGGUAGAUCAUUUUGAUCUAUUGAAAGGUU